CAGAGCCAAUAGAUAAGCUUUAUAAUUAGGAUGUAUUAACAGCUUGCUUGUGGAGUGGAUAUUCCAUGAGGUGAGCUCCCAAAAUCCAGGCUUGAUUGAAAUAGCCUUGCUAAAAUAAGCCAGAUCAUUCCAGUCUCAGUGUACUCCACUAAAAUCCUGUUAACGCUAAUUCAAGUGAAGCUGUAGUGAUCGAGGCUCAGAAUAUUUAUGCAGCCCCAACAAUCGAUUUCAGAAAUGUCUGUUAAAGAGCGAUCCUUUCCUCCACUGUCAAACAGAAGUUGUUUUGUAAACUCUACAAUACGUAAUUUAAGAAAUCCAUUUAAGCUGCCUUGCAGACAAGGUGACAUGGAGACAUUUAUUUGUACUUUGCAAUGGUCAGUCAUUUUUAUGGGACUUUUUUUAUGUCUAGUUUAUCUCCUGAGGCUGUUGACAGAACGACUUUAUAGCUGCUAUAACACAAGUGCUAACAGGAACCAACAUUACCCAAUAUUAAAUGUGUCUAUAAACGGUUAAAAAGCUUGUGUCAUUCAUUAAUUAAAGGGAAAAUUGUAACUGUAGGCAGAUCUCGUCGGUAAAAGAGGAAUGAAAUCCUUCAGAACACCCUAUUAUAAGAAAAUAGUCAUCUUCAGGGAGGUAAGAGUAACUCCAAUUCGUGUUGGGCUGCAUCACACCACUCCAUCGCUGAUUAUUAUCCAGCACUCCCUGUCAUGUUUUAUUCAUAAAAUAACAGCAGCACUGACAAUAAUGCCGGCUGUAAUUCAAAUCACAUUUAUUAACACACUCAUUCUAAUAUGAUACUGUUUCUACAGUGACAGUUCAUUCACAGGAUGCUCUAAUUUAGAAUUAAUAAUUAUUUUAAAAAUGUAUAAUCGGGGGGUGUGGUGAAGUUUUCUGUGAGGAGAUGUUUAUCAUUUUUGGAAGGAGUCUCUCGUGUCAACAUUUUGCAGCAGAAAUAAUAUUGUACCAUUAAAUACCAUCUCCUACAUGAAAGGCUUCAGGACAGCAGCAGUUUGCAUUUUGUGAUUGAACAUUUUUUUUUAAAUUGACUUUUUAAAAAAAAAAUUGAGAGAGAUUGGUGAGGGAACAACUGUUUACAGCUGCUUUAAUGUAAUUAUAUGGUAAUGUGGUUUCCUGUAUCUGUGGUUGUUUUAGUCUGGUGGAACAUUACGCCACGUGACGAUAGAACUGAUUGGGCAAAGCUAAGGUUACGUUGCCGUAGUAACCAAGUUUCUUCAUGGAACCAAAAUGGCUAGAAAUUUGCCAGGUUUAUUGACAUAAUCCUGGUUUAUUUUUACUUAGCUCACUUUGUCUCAUACCUCUCCUUGCUUACAUGACAACAAUGAUCUAAUGUCCGUACUGUCGCAUGAUGAAACCCUUGGUCUACACUCAAGCACACCAUCUAAAAUCAGAACCACAGACUAGGGUGGAGAAUGAAGUAAGGAAUGGACAUGCCUACUGAAACCCAAUCAGUCUGGAUGAGUGCUUUGAUCAUGGAUACGUCUUUAUGUAUUCUGUGUGUUAAACUGGGGGAAAGAGGCAUGGCCACUGAUCCCCUCAUUUAAAGGGUCAGUUUUUGUCACCAGUUUGAUUCCUUUUAAUUCUGCAACAUAAAUAAAAAAAUAACAGUAGCAUCCAAACAGAUAUUUCCCAGUUUAAUCAGGAAUAAGCACAUGAUGGCAAAUGCUGAAUGAUCGUGUGCAAAUAUAGCAAGAGUUAGUUUAUCAUUGUAGAUAGUUGGUGAUAAAGCUGACCACACAUAAUGCCCGAAAGCCCCAAGCAGGAUGUUUCACAGGAAAUGGUAGCUUGGUAAGAAGAUGUGGACUAUUGCUUUAUCUGAAAGAAACCACACUCAGAACUUUUUUGUUCAGUUUGCCUUUUUAAAUAUACUUUAUCGACAAUAUUUUAACAUGUUACAAUUAUCAGCAGUACAGACAUCAUCACAGGCAUCAAUACAGAGCUUCAUCACAUACAAACACAAAUAUUUCAGACAUCAUUAGUAGCUAUUCAGAAGGGUUUACUAUCACAAUUACUCAGUUACACAUCAUCCAGCUUGCCAAAGCCUUUAGUGUUUUUAUGUCUCUGAAUUUGCAUUACAUUUACAUUCUGUUCAUUUGGCAGGUACUUUUAUUUAACGUGAUUUAGAAGUGAGGCAGAAUAGAAAUCCAAUUGUAAGAAAUAAAGAAGCGUACAGUGCUGCAAGACCAGGUUUUUACCAAAAGACCUGAAAAAAGUUUCUCCUUCCGAUUCCCGGAAGGUUCCUCAUGGGUUCUUUGGAUGGUUAAUGAUUUCUAAAAGAGUUCCAUUAGUGAAAUUCAAUUAAUGGUUUAAAGAACUCUUUAGGGCUCUGGAUGGAAGACUGUAGAAAGAUCGGAGAGCUACAACUAUACAUGAGGAUUGCAGUAAGUGCUAGCAGAGAGAAGUGCUACAAACACUAAGCCAUGAGUGAGAAUAUAUAUGACGCAGGCUGAAGAGACUAACCUUCAGUAGAGUGUCAAGUAACUGUGUAAAACAUGGUGAUCUAUCGCUUCAGUAUAAAAAGAACCUCUUAAGUGCCCAUGUAUAUACACACACACACAAUGUGGGAGCUGUGGGUGUUUCAGUAUCAGUGUUCAGGUGUGAUCAGAAGACUGCUUUAUUUUUUUUGCUGAAAGUCUCCAUCUGCUGUAGUAGAGACGUGUAUAUGUGGACUGAACAUCACAUCUGGUUUUGGUUUGACUUUCUCCCUUCUUAUCAUUGUUUACUCACUACGAUUCAAAGUGUACGUAUUAAUCUAGUCUGAUCUCGUGAGACCCUUACAGAAAAUGAGAAAAUGAAUACAUUACACGUGAUCAUAUGUUUAUAUGAGUAAUAUGGGAUCACGUGAAAAACACGUGAAUUUGCAUUUCACUAUGUUAUGCCCUGAAAUUGCACGUGAACACACAACAUUGAAUAUGACCACGUUUGACCACGUGUGAAAAAGAGUUAUUCAUGUGAGAAACGUAUAAUCUUAAAAAAAAAUCUGUAAAGUAUAAUCACAUGCCUUACAUACGGAAAGUCCAGUACAUCUGAUAAAUGUGGGAAACAUACCACUGCAGUGUUUAAAAACCAUGUGACUUUUCUGAAAGGGGAAAUUAUGAUUUGAAAAAAUGAAGGGAAUUCGUUCGAUUUCAUAAUGUCUUAAGAAAAGGUACAAUAACUAACUAACCCUUAGCCUUAAGCUUUAAACCUUUUUAAAAUUCAUUGAGCUGACCAAAAUGACAGAAUUGCUCCAACCCAGUGAAAAGCACUCUGGGGAUCUCAGAUCUUUCUCUUUCUCCUUACAACUCAUUCAUUCAUUUCCCUUCCACUUUUCCUCAUGGAGGUCAGUCCACACUUACCUAUCCCCAGGCACAGACUCCAGCUCCUCCUGGGGGAUCUCCAGAUGUUUCCAAGACAUCUGUGACAUAAAGUCAGGUCCAUAAGUAUUUGGACAGUGACCCAAUAUUCAUAAUUUUGCCUCUGUACACCACCACAAUGGAUUUGAAAUGAAGCAAUCAAGAUGAAAUGAAGACUCAGGAUUGAAGUGUAGAUUUUCAGCUUUAAUUCAAGGGGUUUGAGAAAAAUAUUGCAUUUAGGAAUUACAGCCAUUUUUACAGACAUUUUUACAGCCAUUUUCCAUUUUCACAGGCUCAGAAGUAAUUGAACAAACCAACAUAACCAUAAAGCUGAAAGUCUACACUUCAGAGGAAAAUGGAUAGGUUGGUUCGAGCUGCCAGGAAGGAUAUAGUAUCCCACUCAAUACGGUAGAAUCACUCUUUACAACCGUGGUGAGCAGAAAAGCAUCUCAGCAUGCACAAACGUCGAACCUUGAGGUGGAUGGGCUACAACAGCAGAAGACCACAUUGGGUUCCUGUCCUGUCAGCCAAGAACAGGAAUCUGAGGCUAUCAUGGGCACAGACUCGGCAUAAUUAGACAAUUGAAAAUUAGAAAGAAAAAAAAAAUCACCCCUUCUUUUUCCAGUCUUCAAAUGUCUUUUAUAUAGGUUUGUUUGUUUGUUUAUUAUUUUAAAUAUGUUUAUUAGGCUUUAUUAGAUUAUGUGGACCAUACAUGUCCCUGUGAAUGAGUUGUUACUACAGAAAUGAUAAUGAAUUAGAAAAAGCACUUUAAUAUAAACCUGUUACAGCUGGCACUACCAUCAGAGCUGCUGUUAGAGAACAUUCAUCAGCAUCUUCUGACCAAUCAGAUUUGAGAAUUCAGCAGCUCUGUUGUACAAUCUUUAUUAUGAUUAUUAUCUUGGAAGUUAAUAUUAGGAUGCAAAAUAGGCUAUACAUUAUCUUUCAUUAUCUUGUCUUAAUUUACCCUGAUUUUUUUUUCUUUAAUAAGUAAUUAAUUAAUGUGUUAAUGUGAAUAAACCUUCAUUUUGCUUUUUUACGUCACAUAAUGACAUUCAGUGCUUCUGAAAGCAAUUCUGCUAUCUUUUUCUUCCUGUACUCAGUUUAAUGGAGGUCAUUAAAGGAGUCCGCGUCUCAAACCACGACUUAAUAUCUCAUUCUUAAGAAACAUGUCGUGCUUUCAUGGCACGGCGCGCGACUAUAAACGCAGUACGCGUACGCUGGACGUAAAUCCCCGCCCCCUUACCGCCUCAGCAGCCAAUCAGCGCGUCGCGGAAUUCUGAAGUUGGCAACACCGGCAGCGUCGCGGUCAAUGUGACGGUCCGCGAGCGGAGAAGACAGAGAGCAGAGACACACACACACACGCACACACACAGAGAGAGAGACACACACACACACGAGCCAUGCAGCAGUCGGACGACAUGGAGGGGUCCAUGGAAUCCCCCAACCUGGAGUUUGAGUAUGGGGACACAGACAGUCUGACUGCAGAACUCUCAGAGCUGUACAGUUACACUGAGGAGCCUGAGUUCAGUCUGAACAGGGACUGCUUCGAGGAGGAUUUUCGGAGUCAUGUGAAGGGCAGGAGAUGGGUGGAGCUGAGUGUGGACGAACAGAAGGCAUAUAUCAUGCGACUACUGGAUGCUCUAGAGGUCACGGACAGAGACAAGAGACUCAAAGUGGCUCGGGCUAUACUCUACCUGGCUCAGGGGGUGUUUGAUGAGUGUAACACAGAAGCAGAUGUUCUCCACUGGUCACGACACAAUGUCUUUCUUCUCUAUGAAAUGGGCAUCUUCACUGCACUGCUGGAGCUGCUCAGCAUGGAGAUUGAUAAUAACCAGGCAUGCAGCAGUGCUGUCAGGAAACCUGCCAUAUCCCUGGCAGACAGCACUGAACUCAGGGUUCUACUGAGCAUCAUGUAUCUGAUGGUGGAGACGAUCCGGGUGGAAACAGGAGACGACAAGCCGGAGUGGCGGAAGGCUCGAGAGUCCUUCAGAACUGAGCUGGGUUCCCCACUCUACAACGGGGAGCCUUUCGCCCUUCUCCUCUUCACCAUGGUAACCAAGUUCUGCAGCAUGAGCGCCCCCCACUUCCCAAUGAAGAAAGUGCUGCUGCUGCUGUGGAAGACUGUACUGUUCACUCUGGGUGGUUUCGAGGAGCUGCAGGAGAUGAAGGUUAAAGGGAGAGAGAAGCUGGGUCUGCCGCCGCUCCCUGAGGACAGUAUUAAGGUGGUCCGGAGCAUGAGAGCAGCCUCACCCCCAGCCACCGCCAUGGAGCUCAUUGAACAGCAGCAGCAACAGAAAAGAGGACGCAGGAGUCGCAGGAGUGCCUUUGUUGAUAGCUUGGAAGGAGACAGUCCCUUUGCCAAGAAGCAGCCUCUGGUCAAGCAGGACAGUCUGGACACCUACAACGAGCGGGACCCCUUUAAAAAUGAUGACGCACGGGACGAGGAAGAUGACGCCGAGGAUGUGGACAGUGGAAUAGAGGGUGAGGUUGACCCUCUCGACCGUGAUGUCAUCAUCCAGCCCCCUCCUCCUCCGCCCCCUCUGCGGCCUCCUACUGAGAGAGUGACCUUCCCUAAAGGGCUACCGUGGGCACCUAAAGUCCGAGAGAAAGACAUCGAGCAUUUUCUAGAGACCAGCAGGAACAAGUUUAUCGGCUUCACUCUGGGAAGUGAUACAGAGACCUUGGUUGGGUUGCCCAGACCCAUUCAUGAGAGCGUGAAGACUCUUAAACAGCACAAGUACGUCUCCAUCGCCGAAGUACAGAUCAAGCGAGAGGAGGAACUGCAGCAGUGCCCCAUGACCAUGGGGGAGGAAGAAGUGGAAGAGACUCCUGCAGAAAGCCUAUAUGUGGGAAUGCUUCCAAGCCUUUCUCAGUAUGUGAUUGCCCUGUUGAAGCUUCUUCUCGCUGCAGCUCCAACCUCUAAGGCCAAGACCGACUCCAUCAACAUCCUGGCUGAUGUUCUUCCUGAGGAGAUGCCCAUCACUGUCCUCCAGAGUAUGAAGCUGGGCAUUGAUGUGAACAGACACAAGGAGAUCAUUGUCAAGGCCAUUUCUGCGCUGCUGCUCCUCUUGCUGAAGCACUUCAAACUUAACCAUAUAUACCAGUUUGAGUAUGUGUCCCAACACCUGGUGUUUGCCAACUGCAUCCCUCUCAUCCUCAAGUUCUUCAACCAAAACAUCAUGUCUUACAUCAGUGCUAAAAACAGUAUCUGUGUGCUGGAUUUCCCUCACUGUGUGGUCCAUGAGAUGCCUGAACUCACUGCUGAAAGCCUGGAAGCUGGAGACAAUAAUCAGUUCUGCUGGCGGAAUCUGUUCUCGUGCAUCAACCUUCUGCGGAUCCUCAACAAACUCACCAAGUGGAAGCACUCCAGAACCAUGAUGCUGGUGGUGUUUAAGUCUGCUCCAAUCCUGAAGAGGGCACUGAAGGUCAAGCAAGCCAUGAUGCAGCUUUAUGUCCUCAAGCUCCUCAAGAUUCAGACCAAAUACCUGGGCCGCCAGUGGAGGAAAAGUAACAUGAAGACCAUGUCAGCAAUUUACCAGAAGGUCCGGCAUCGGCUUAAUGAUGACUGGGCUUAUGGGAAUGAUAUUGAUGCACGGCCGUGGGACUUUCAGGCAGAGGAAUGUGCGUUGCGCGAGAGCAUUGAGAAGUUCAAUGCACGGCGGUACGAUAAGAACCAGAACAGUGAGUUUGUCCCGGUGGAUAACUGCCUGCAGAGUGUGCUAGGUCAGCGAGUCGAGCUGCCCGAGGACUUCCACUACAGCUAUGAGAUGUGGCUGGAAAGAGAGGUCUUCUCUCAGCCCAUCCAAUGGGAAGGCCUGCUGCAAGCCCAGUGAUGCAACAAGAUGUUAACUGGAACUAGACUGAUACAACCUGUUCACAAGCAUCCCACAUGUACACACACACAUGCAGACAGAGCACAUGUGCCAGUUCUAUUCUUCCUGUAAAUGAAUGCUUGUAAAUAGAGAUAUCUUCAAAAACAAUGUAUGGGUUGUGACAUGGUAACCUGUUUCAUUUGUGAAACACCAUCCACUCACGUGUACUCCUGACGAAAAUAUGAAAGACAACAUAUCCUCCAGUUCAACCUUUACAUUGUAUACAAACGACCAUUUAAAAUAUGAAUACAGUAGAAGUACGUAUUAUAAGUACGUCCUACAAAAAGCGUGAAGGUAUUUAUUUAUUUAUCUAUUCUUUUCAAAUUUUCUCAGUCUGGAACUGCUGAUAAAACUUUUAUUUUUGAUGCAUAUUCCCUUAUGUAUAUAAAACAAAAAGAAUGCAUGUUGUCAAGCUAAAGAGACCUGGUUAAAAAAAAAAAAAAAAAAAAAAAAGCUCAACAUGGCAACCAUAAGCAUUAUUCAUGUGUCAGCAGGACCGGAAGAACUGGUCCUUAAAGAUUCCUUCCAGAGACUGCUGCUGUUUCUCACUUCCUGCAUGGCGUCUCUCACUCAGUGUACUAGAGGAAUGUCCUUGAGAAAGUCACGCUUCUUUUUGUAUGUCAGAUGUCAGCGCUUCUUAUCAUACUGUAUACUUAGAAUGAGCUCUAACAGCACAACAAAAAAGCACAGAAGUGUCCUUGGUGAAUAGCAUCACCCUCUUUACAAAUAGCAAGGUUCCAACAUAAUGGUGCUGCUUUUUAACACAAUUUUAUGACAUGUCCUCUGUCUCUUUUUUUUUUCUUCUUCUUUUUUUCCCCCCACUCCCUGUUUCACCUCUCUCUCAUUGCACUCACUUUGUCAUGAUUAAAUGACACUAAAGACGAGUCUUUGUUUUAAUACUGAAAUUAAUAACUUUGUUGUUAAAUACUGAAUUGUUCAACUGAGAGAGGGUUUUGUAUGAUUCAUUUCUGAAAUGGUUUUCUAUGCUGAUUAUUUUUAUUGUUUUGUUAAAAAUCAUCAAAAUACAUACAUUUUGUGUCUGGACAUCUGUACCAAUAAUAAUUGUAGACCAAUACAAGUUUCGAUUCUUUGUUUUAAAAAAAAAAAAAAAAAAAUACAAUUUUACUGUAUAGCAUAUGAGAAUAUGAAGAGCCUCCCAGCAAAUGUUUCAAACUGUUGUGGAACAUAUUUUAAUCUUUUAAUCAGCUGCACCUAUUUGUUGUGUGUUACUUAUUCUCUGAUAUCACUGUCGCAGAAUGUAAAAGUCUGAUCUUAAGAUGUAAUGUAAUUAUUUCUGUUCUUCUGAGCUCAAAACAAUCCAUUACAUGCUUUGACUGAUGCCUCUGUACAGAGAUAUGGAUCCAAAAUAAGGGAGCAAUACCAUUUAGUGGCUGCACAAAAUGGAUAUUGUAAUUAUAUUGCUACAUAUUGCACUUGCAAUAUGCCUUAAUAUAUUAAAACACAUUGCUAUGAA